CUGUGCCGUCGCCUUGUGCGCCUGAUAAAUGAGCACGCACAGAUGAGCGCAAGUCAGGAAGCCUCAAUGAAGCAAGCCCAAAAUGCCAGCGCUGCUGCAGAGAAGUGGAUGAAGGCGGCUACAUCUGAAGAUUCCGAUGCAGUCAAAGAACUGAAGGAAGAAAUCGAGGAAUUACAGCACCAACUAAAAGAAGAAAAGGAAGUUGAAACAAAUCACACUGUGAAUGUGACCGAGGCAUUCCGUCUCCUGUAUUGGGUUCGUGGUCGAUUAUCAAGGCAGGUUCGCUGUCGUAUGCUAGCCACAGGUGAAGCGGUAGGAAUUCGGCUGCACAACCCCUCUCUGUGUGCCCAGAAACAAUUUUUGCAGGCGCUUAAGCUUCCCUGGCCCACUCCCUACGCACCCUAUAUUCCGAGUGGUCCCAACGAUCCGAUGAUCUAA